AUGGUCUCCUAUCCAAGAAGACCUAAGUGUUCGUAUCCAGCGCCACGUUUCUCUGCCGCUCCAUGGACUCUUGUGAAAACUGGCGCAACACUUCUCUCUUUCACCCACGUCCAAGGAAGUUUAACUUUGGAUACUUUGGGUGAUGCUGAACCCAAGGACCUGCUCGGGAUGAGCUUUGAUACGUCUGAGUCCUGCCAUUCACAAAGCCACUCACGGAGGCAUUCACGAAACCAUUUUUCUUCAGCAAAGCGUUCACUUGAACCUUCAAUUGAAGCCCAUGCCUCUUUCCUCGAGAAAACUGCUACAUUCAGUAUGAACUUAUUCAAAAGAAUGAUGGAACCAGCCAUGCUGAAAGAGGAAAAUGUGGUAGUAGCCCCUAAUCUUAUACGUUCUGGAAUGUGUGCGGUGUCUCUCGGAUCUGCUGGGAAAACCAAGGAAGAGUUGAUGGAAGCGUUGGAGGGGAAAGGGAGCCCAUACCAUGUCAAAUUCUGCCAACAGAUGAAUGACCAGUUCAAGGCUUCUCUGGCAUCUAUUACGAGUGAUGUGUUUGUUGCAGAAGGGUGUGCUCUUUCUAAGAAAUUUAAAAAGAAGGCUUUGAACUUCUAUGACACUGCUGUCCAACACUUGAAAGCCAAGCCAGAAGACUCCGUGAAAUUCAUCAACGACUGCUUGAAGAAGAAAACGAAUGGCAAAAUAGACAUUCUUUUGACCGAGGACGAUAUUGGCGACUCAACAUGUGUGCUCACUUCGUCAGCUCACUUCGAAGCAGAGUGGAAGACGAAAUUCGAGAAGGAGAGGACAAUCGAGUUUGAGGGCGUGGAAAUGCCUUUCCUGUAUCAGAAAGCUAUGACUGUCCAAUCCAUAGUCUGGGAACCGGCGAAAUCCCGAGCUGUACGGCUUCCACUGAAGAAUGACAUGUACCUCGUCAUUUUGACUCCACCCAAUUUAAAUCGAAUGAAAAAAGUCGUCAAGUGCUUGGGUUUGCAUCUUUGGAGAAACUUGAUAUAUCAUCUGGGCAAGGCGGACGACACAACGGCACAAAUUUCCCUUCCAAAGUUCACUCUGGAGCACCAAUUUAAGGCAAAGGACAAUGUCAAGGAGAUGGGGAUUCGAUCCGCGUUCCUCCCUGGUGCGAAGCUCGGCAUUGUGAAGGAGGGAAAGAAACCAUACAUCUCUGACGUUAUUCAAAAAGCCAGAUUCAGUGUUGAUGAAGGAGAAGAGCUCCCGAAAUACGAAAACAGUGACAAUGACAAACACACCCCGUCCUUUACCUUCAACAAGCCAUUCCUGUUUUUCGUCACACAACAUAAAUUCGAGGACAGACCGACUCGUGAGAUUGGGUCAAUGGUGGGAAAUGUGCACACACACACAGAAGCAGGCUCAAAUCCAGUACGAACAUCAUGGUCUCCUAUCCAAGAAGACCUAAGUGUUCGUAUCCAGCGCCACGUUUCUCUGCCGCUCCAUGGACUCUUGUGA